UGAUAUCAAGACUUUUGUACGUUAAAGCCUCUCGUUAAAAGGAUUUUUGUUUUAAAAAUAUAGUGUUUUCCGAGCUUGUGAUCCAUCCCUGUAGUUUCGGUACCCCUGAAAAAAGCGUGGUCGAAGCGAAGCAAUACGUUUUUCUCCUUUAGUGUGGACGUUCUCACUUAAACGGCAAAACCUCCAGCAAUCCAGCCAUUUUCUUAGAAAACUUAAAAAGGGCGGCGCUUUUGAAAAGUAAAACGCCAACAAUAAAAUGGCUGAUGUGGAUGCAGGAAACGAGACCCCCGUCGUCGAGAAGGUUCCAUCACAGGAAGACGGUGCUCUGGAGAAGGACGAAGUUGCCACCGAGGAGAACGGAGCACCGGCCGAAGCCUUCGAUUGUAAGAAGCUGACCUCCGAGGACGCUGCUCCCGCCACCGAAGAUCAGAAGGAGGUGUACGCGGAUGAAGACCAGAAGGAGAAGUCUGCCGCCGAGGAGGCCAAGGAGGAAAGCGUCGAAGCAGCUCCAGCUGCUGGCAGUGCCGCCGAGGAGGCCAACGGGGACUCAACGGAUGCUCCCGAUGCCGAGGCCUUGAAGCGGAAGAUGGACGAGUCUGCCGCCGAGGAGACAGGGGCACCGGCCGAGGACGACGUUUGUAAGAAGCUGACCUCCGAAAACGCUGCUCCCGCCACUGAGGAUCAGAAGGAGGUGUUCGCGGACGACGACCAGAAGGAGGAGGCCAGGAAGGAGAGCAUCGAAGCAGCUCCAUCAGCUGUUGACGUCGCCAAGGCCUUGAAGCGAAAGGCGGACGAGUCUGCCGCCGUGGCCGAGGCCUCCAUCCCGCAAAAACGGGCAAAGGUGGACGUGGACGAGGACGAGGUCAGCACAGAUGAGGAGCUACGGAAGAGUUCACCUCCAUGGGUCUUAGAAUACUAACACACUCGCAAGUCACAGGUCAGCGACACUUCAAUCCUAUGACGAUCGCGUGUGACUCAUACCCCUAAUAAUCCUUCAAAUGGGAGCUUAGUAACGUACUGAUUCGAAACCGACAACAAUAAACAAAAACAAAAAAAUAAUUGAAAACUGCUUAUGUUUUCAAUAACUCGAGAUCAAGAGAAAUCUCGGUGAAAGUAAAAAUACGGAUGGAUUGGUAUCAAGAGAAUAA